GGUCGGGGUCAGUGACUAAUGUAUACACACGGAUAGAACCUGCACACUGCCGGUGUACGUUAGGGCCAGGGUUACAAUGGUCUAUGCGUACAAAAUAGACAGACAGAACUUUACAGCAUUAUAUUAGAAAAUCUGAUAGCAGGGUGUCAACAAAUAUCGCCGACUAUAUAAAAAUAGACAGGGUAUCUACUGCUGUAUAUUCGUAUCCCAAGGCACAUCAAAGCAGUUUGCGGAGUAUAUUCAUAUAUAUUUUAGUAAAUAAAAAGACAAAUAGAAAUAAACAAUGACUUUUGGCUACGACGAUGAUAUUGCCGGCAUUGUGAUUGACAAUGGCUCCGGAAUGUGUAAGGCCGGCUUUGCAGGUGACGACGCACCUAGAGCCGUGUUCCCUGCAAUUACAGGUCACCCGAAGUAUGAUAUUUGGAUGGCGGGGAUGGGCGGUAAGGAUACGUACAUUGGCGAGGAAGCCCAGAACGAUAGGGGUGUUUUGUCUAUAAAAUACCCUAUUGAACACGGUAUUGUCACUAACUGGGACGAUAUGGAGAAAAUUUGGCACCACACAUUCUAUAAUGAACUUCGUGUGGCUCCUGAAGAACAUCCGGUACUACUCACUGAAGCGCCAUUAAACCCGAAAGCUAAUAGAGAGAGAAUGACAGAAAUUAUGUUCGAAAACUUCAACAUACCUUCUUUCUACGUGUCAAUACAAGCAGUUCUAUCAUUAUAUGCCAGCGGGAGGACAACAGGUGUGGUGUUAGACAUCGGUGAUGGGGUAUCUCACGUGGUACCGAUUUACGAAGGUUAUGCUUUACCACAUGCCGUUGAACGUGUAAAUCUUGCAGGUCGUGACCUUUCAAAAUACUUGUCAAGAAUUUUAAAUGAACGCGGAUACAGUUUCACAUCUUCCUCCGAAAUGGAAAUAGUUCGCGAUAUCAAAGAGCAAUUGUGUUAUGCCGCUUUAGACUUUGAACAGGAAAUGAAUGUCGCAGCAAGUUCUUCUCAGAUAGAGAAAAGCUACGAACUUCCGGAUGGACAAGUUAUUACUAUUGGCAACGAACGUUUCCGCUGUGUUGAAUCACUUUUCCAACCAUCUUUUAUUGGAAUGGAGAGUGCAGGAAUACACGAACUACUUUACAACAGUGUUAUGAAAUCUGAUAUAGACAUAAGAAAAGAUCUUUUAUCAAAUGUCGUACUCUCAGGAGGGUCAACAAUGUUUCCCGGCCUUGCAGAUAGAAUGAAAUGUGAAUUAGACAAUUUGGUUCCCAGCUCUAUGAAGGUCAAGGUCAUUGCGCCACCAGAGCGGAAGUACUCUGUGUGGAUUGGUGGUUCUAUUUUAUCUUCUCUAACUAAUUUCAGUCAAAUGUGGAUCUCUAAACAAGAGUACGACGAAUGUGGACCGGGUAUUGUACAUAGGAAAUGUUUUUAAGAAAUUCUGAGACUCUAAUACAUUGUCUUUCAAAUUCGUAAAUAGUUGUUCCUUUUUCAUAUGCUUUCAUUUGUUUAUAUAUAUUUAUUUGUUAACAAAGAAGUGUUCAUUUGCAUUUCGCCUUAUGUUUUCUUAGUGAAAGGAAAAUUUAUUGUUUACUCAAAUUUGCAUUUUUUCAACCAAUGUUGUAAAUAUACAUAUGUAAAUAUUCAUUGAAAUAAAGUAUUGUUAUGUAAGUUGAGGUUAAAUAUUUUUGUACAGAAUUCAUCAAGUAUUUGAUAUACAAGAUCAUUGUAUCUGUCGAAGGAAUGGUUCAUUU